CUCAAAAGUCCAAUUGUUAUGAAAGCUUUCAGGAAACCUGGGCCAAGCCAACCAUCAUAAAAGCAGGCACUUCAGCGCAAAACCCUCAGAAUCACAUCGAUCUGCACUGAAGUCAAAGGCUAAAGAAUCACUUAAAAUGGAAUUGUGCUAUGGAUUAUUUCAGGCACGUGCAUCGUGGAUCCAGUUCACUUUUAUCUGCUCAAUGCUGUGCAUGUGGACUAGUGUUGAGUCCUGGUCUUACGUCUAUUCAAACAAAUCAAUGAAAUGGGAUGAUGCACGUAAUUGGUGCAAGGAGAGCUACACAGACAUGGUGGCCAUCCAGAACCGGGAGGAGAUAAAGCAUCUUAACAACUGGCUGCCCAAAAAAAAGGGCUACUACUGGAUAGGGAUCCGUAAGAUCAAUGAUGUCUGGACCUGGGUAGGAACCAACAAAACUCUGACAGAAGAAGCGACAAACUGGGCAGAAGGAGAACCAAACAAUGGCAAAACUGGACAAAGUGUAGGAGUCAGUGAGGACUGUGUGGAGAUGUACAUUAAACGAGACCAAAAUCCAGGCACGUGGAAUGACGAGAGGUGUAUGAAAAAAAAGACUGCUCUGUGCUACACAGCGGCUUGUAAGAUUGACUCCUGUUUGCAUGGAGAGUGUGUUGAAACCAUCAACAGCCACAAAUGUGAUUGCUUUGAAGGGUUUUUUGGAGACAAGUGUGACCAAGUUGUGCAGUGUAACAAAAGUGAGGUGAUUGUGCCAGAUAAAGGACAUGUAAAUUGCUCUCACAACUAUGGCAGUUUCUCCUAUGACUCCUUGUGUCAGUAUUCCUGUGAGGAAGGAUACAAGCUGAGUGUGCAGACUCCUCUGAGGUGCACGGGGUCAGGAAAAUGGUCAGAAAAACCCCCUACAUGUGAAAUGAUUCAGUGUGAGAAGAUGUCAGAGCCGACACAUGGAUCCAUGAAAUGCUCCGAUCCUCUGGGCUCAUUCAGCUAUCAGUCCACCUGUACUUUUACCUGUGAUGAAGGUUAUGUACUGUCUGGAUCUUCAUCUCUGCAAUGUGAAGCAUCAGCAAAUUGGAAUGGAUCCCAGCCAUACUGUGUUGCUGUUCAGUGCCCUGCGCUGCAAAACUUGACAAAUGGCUUUGUCAGCUGUGGAGAAGAUGCUGAUACGAGGUUCAGCUACAAAAACACCUGCAGCUUCAGUUGUGACCAAGGUUACCAUUUAGUGGGAGCCAGUAGAAUGACCUGCACAUCAGGAGGUACAUGGAAUCAGCAGAUUCCUCACUGUGAAGCCAUCCUUUGCCAGAAUCCAGAGAGAGAAGCUCCCCUCAUCAUGCAGUGCAGUGAAUCUGAGACUGAACUGCGACCAAACUCCACCUGCAGCUUCAGCUGUGAAGAAGGUUUUGAACUGCAGGGAGCAAACACCAUCAAGUGUUCUGAGGACGGACAGUGGAAUGAAAACAUACCUACAUGCAAAGCAAAAGGAUGUCCUGCUCCAGAGGUCCCAACAAAUGGUCAGAUAAGCUGCAGCCCUUCUCUGUCUUCAUUUCUUAGUCAUGAGACACCCCAUCCACUUGGCAUGGUUUGUCAUUUUACAUGUGAUGAAGGACAUGAGCUGCAAGGUGCACACAGCAUGGAGUGUACACAUCCAGGCCAAUGGACCUCCAGAUCACCAACCUGCACAGCUGUUACAUGUUUGUUGCUUGAGGCUCCUGAAAACGGUCACAUCAGUUGCUCCAGCACUGAGUCAGUUUACAACUCUCAGUGCUCCUUCACCUGUGACCAAGGCUACUCAUUAGAAGGACCUGAGCUGCUGACAUGUGGUCAUCAUGGCAACUGGACUGCAGAGAAACCCACCUGUCAAGCUCCUGCUCCAGUAGCUGCAAUUACUGUUGGUGUGGCAACAGGGGCUACUGCGUUGUUAUCUGGUGUGUCUAUGGCUUUGUGGCUCUUGAAAAAAAUGAAGAAGAAAGCUGACGCAUAUGAGCUGAGCAGCAACUCUGACAUAGAGGCUCCUCUACAGAGCUACAAAAAGCAGUGACAGCCUGAUGUAGAAGACAUUUCUGUUCUUUGUAGACAACUACAGACAGUAUAUAUUUCAAAACAGCAAUGUGAAAAUAUGAAUCAUAUAUACUAAUUUAAAAGGAGUAUAAAAUAAGUAAACCCGGUGUCACAAGAAGUGAGCGGAUGUGACAUUUGCAGAUUAUAUUAUAGGCUUGAUCAUAUUUGGCUGAAUUUUUCAAACAAAAUGUGCUGACACAUAUUUCCUCCAAAAGGGAGUUUUAAAUUGAACAUAUUGUUCUACAACUUAAUGCAAAUGCUGGGAAGGUGGCAUUAUCCAUGUUUUUGUAAAUAUUAUAUAGCAUCGUGUGAAUCUUGUGUGUAUAACGUUGUGUUUUGCUAAGUUACCAUUACACUUUAAAACUGAUAUGUUAUAUUUUCAGUCUUAGAUGGUUGGAAAUGUUGUGGUAUACAUGCAAAACUAAGAAGAAUUCAUUUAAAAAAAAAAAUCAUCCAGAGAACAUUUUGUUACAUAUUUUAUUUUUUAAUUCCUUGUUCAGCAUAUUGCUAAUUAAAGAUGAAUUGGACACUGAUCCUUAUCUUUGGUGGGUUUUAAUGCCAACACUAUUAAAAUGUGUGGCUGCUGGGGAAAGAUUAGGACAAUAAUAAGUUGGAACUCUGUCACAUCUUCCACUUAAUUAUUACAUUAACAGCUGUUCUGAAUGUUUCCAGGUAGUUGCUUGGCUGAGACAACUCAGUUCUAAACAUAUUAUUACUCUAUCAAAACAAUGAACUGAACCCAGGCCAGACAGUGGUGCCAGAUGGUCAUGGCGGUGAUCCAAAACUAAAAGAAGAAUUACUACCUAGUCUCCAUCCUACCACAGAAAUAUUGUUUCUUGUAUUUCUUGACUGUAUUCAUCAGAAACCCCACGAAUAAAAGUUGAACUUAGACUGGAAAUAACAACACAUUGGCAGGUUGUGUUGUGUGGCAGGUAGGAUGUAGGACCCAAAUACAGGACUAACAGACACGAAAGGAUGAACUCAAAAAGGAAGCUUUAUUGUGCUGUAGCAAACACAUACUAGAAACAAAAUCCAAAAGCAGAAAACUAGAAACUAUGGACAAGGAACAUAAACACUAGGAAACUAGGAUGCUAGAAACUAGGUGCAAGGAAACACAAAGCACAUGGAAGUGGUACAACACAAGAAAAGGGAAUGGAAAACACAGGGCUUAAAUAUACAAGGGAGUAAUGAGAGAAUGGGAAA